AUGCCGGCGCCAUUGGCCAAAGGCCUGAUUCUCACCAUCUCCCUCAUCUGCGCUGCCGGUCUCGCUAUCUACGAAAACCCCCAAGUACGGCAGUGGAUCGACGAAUCACGACGUAAGGCUGCAAUAGCCCUAUACAGCCUAGGCGACGAAGUAGCACCACAAUCGGAAUCCCGAAACACAUCACCAGAUGCUUCAACUCGCGAGGAUGAGGACCCAGAAGCGGUUGAACGAAGGCGUAGAGCCAGGCAUGAGAUUUUAGAGAGGGGCAGAAUGAUAGAAGAGCGACGGAGAUCAAAGCAAGCAGCCAGGGGGAAGGCAAGGAGCUUCGAUGACCUGGUUGACAGGGAUGGCGCUCUCAAAGUCGAGGAAACGACGGCGACUUCAUCGGCUGCCGAGGCCCAACCAGAGGAACUAGGCCUACGCCUCAGACAUAUAGAAUCCAGGGCCGCAGCUCUGGGCUCUGCAUAUGCGGACCCUUUCGCCGAUGAGAUGGGUGUGCCAAUAAUGGAUGCACCUCCUUUACCUCAAGAGCAAGAGCCAGAUACUAUCUCAGGCUCCAGCACACCUACUCAUCCCGCCUCAUCUGCUUCCCCACCUACUCUCCGUGAUUCUUCGGCCUCUCCUCCAGUCCCUCCGAAACCAGCAGCGUACCAACCCCAACGCCUCCUUAUCGACACCGACGAAGUCUCCAACCAUCCCUCUGAACAGCUACUGGACCUCACACCCACCACGUCCGCCUCCUCAGCUGCUGCAGAUCUAGCUGAGCUCAGUAAUGAGCCCCAGCCAACACGUUCAAAUUUUUGGUCUGUCAAUGAAUGGGCCCAGAGCAGUGCACCGGCUUUCUACUCACCACCUCAAUCCGAAGCAGCUGGCAGUAUCGAAGAGAAAAUGGAGAACCACACUGGUGGGUCACAUGCAGGUACCGGUGAGCAUGCUAGUCAAGUCGGGAGCGAGGAUAUGGAUGUCAUGAGCGAUGACGAAGCCCUGGUCAGUACGCCGGGGAGCUGGACUGAGGUGGGUAGUCAGGUCAGCGAGGGUUACUGA